CUAGAUGGCAUGACCUUUGGAGAUUUCACAUUCCUUGCAUUUUAUUUUUUCAUUUUUAUUUUUGACACUCUUUUCCAUUUUGUAUAUGUAGUUCUAAAUUGAAGGCAAAGAAAACAUAAGGUUGUGAGAUCUCUUUCACAUAUCUGUCUGAAAACACAGGAAACCAUACUAGUGAUUCACAUGCUGUGCACUUCAAUAUACUUUGGUACUUGUUUUAGCAAAAAGAAGAUGCAAGUUCUUUUCAAAGUUUGCAGAUUUGGUCUGAUUGUAGACUUCAGUGUGGAUAUCAGCCCAAUUAUGCCGACCCAAGUUAGUAUAAAAUCUUCUCAUCCUGAUGUAACACUACAAGGAGCAAGAGGUAUCACUCCUACACAUUCUCUUUCAUUCUCAUGUGAUCUUGGUAUGCCGCUAUCAAAUACAACUAAGUGGCUGUUUGGCAACUUUUGAAUCGGUAAGUGCUGAACCAGUAAGAGGUCUGAACCAUUAAGUGCUGAACCAGUAAGAGGUCUGAACCAUUAAGAGCUAGUAUAUUGCUUAACUAUUCAGAGGCAAAUGUCUGAUCAAUUCAGAUAAGAGGUCUUAACCAUUCAGACUCUGUAUAAUACUUAACCAUUCAGAGGCAAAUCUCUUAACCAUUCAGACAUCUGAACCAUUAAGAGGCUGAAACAAACAGUCUGAACCAUU